AUGACAGAGUUUACAUUGAAUUCAAUGAAGUUCUACUCAUCUCCAUUGCAAGCUUUCCUUUUUAUCAUUGUAAUUCUUUCUCCUCUAGUUAUUGCUGACCUGAAUUCUGAUAAGCAAGCCCUUCUUAAUUUUGUUACUUCUGUCCCUCAUCGACGGAACCUUAAAUGGGACCUAUCUACCUCAAUAUGUACAUCUUGGAUAGGCAUCACAUGCAAUCCAAACCUUACUCGUGUUGUUUCUGUUCGGCUCCCUGGAGUCGGACUAGUAGGCACCAUUCCAGCCGAUACACUCGGCAAAAUUGACUCACUCAAAACUAUCAGCCUUCGCUCGAACUUACUUAGUGGAAAUCUACCUCAGGAUAUUACUUCUCUUCCGUCUCUACAAUAUCUCUACCUUCAACACAAUAACCUUUCUGGUAAAUUACCAACCUCGUUGUCACUGCAACUCAAUGCACUUGUUUUGUCAUACAAUUCAUUCACUGGUAGCAUUCCAAAGACACUGCAAAACUUAACACAACUAACUCAUUUGAGCCUCGAGAACAAUUCGUUAUCUGGACCGAUACCUGAUCUCCAUGUCAAUCUCAAGCAGUUGAAUUUAAGUUAUAACCAUUUGAAUGGCUCUAUCCCUUCGUCUCUACAUAGUUUCUCAAGUUCAUCCUUUGAAGGGAACUCUCUUUUAUGUGGAUUACCUCUAAAGUCGUGCUCAUCAGUCCCUCGUUCAUCCGCGCCUCCUGCAUCUGCUCCUGUAAGACAUAACUCCAAAAGUAAACUUAGUAAAGGAGCUAUCAUUGCAAUUUCUGUUGGUGGAGCUGCUCUGUUGUUUUUUGUAGUUCUUGUCAUUGUUCUUUGUUGUUUAAAGAAAAAAGAUAACGGAAGCUCGAGAGUUGUUAAAGAUAAGGGGCCUAGUGGCGGUGGUGGAAGGACUGAAAAACCGAAAGAAGAGUUUGGAAGUGGCGUGCAAGAAUCUGAGAAAAACAAAUUGGUUUUCUUUGAGGGGUGCUCUUAUAAUUUCGAUCUCGAGGAUUUGCUAAGGGCUUCGGCUGAGGUUCUCGGAAAGGGAAGUUACGGAACCGCAUAUAAGGCUAUCUUGGAGGAAGCAACAACAGUUGUAGUGAAAAGGUUGAAAGAAGUUGUGGUAGGAAAGAGGGAGUUUGAACAGCAGAUGGAGAUUGUUGGAAGCAUUGGAAAUCACCCGAAUCUCGUUCCACUUCGCGCUUAUUAUUAUUCGAAGGAUGAGAAGCUUUUGGUUUGUGACUAUUUCCCAAAUGGCAAUCUAUCUGUACUCUUGCAUGGUAGUAGAACAGGUGGAAGAGCUACUUUAGAUUGGAACAUGCGAGUAAAAAUCACACUCGGAAUUGCUCGGGGAAUUGCGCAUUUACAUUCAGUUGGCGGUCCAAAAUUCACACACGGAAAUGUGAAAUCCUCCAAUGUCCUCAUAAGCCAAGAUAACGAUGGCUGCAUUUCAGAUUUCGGCCUGACACCAAUCAUGAACGUUCCUGCAACCCCUUCCAGAACCGCAGGCUACCGUGCUCCCGAGGUAAUGGAAACUCGAAAGCACACUCAUAAAUCAGACGUGUACAGUUUCGGUGUCCUCCUUUUGGAAAUGCUUACUGGUAAAGCGCCACAACAGUCUCCGGUACGCGAUGACAUGGUUGAUCUGCCUAGGUGGGUUCAGUCUGUUGUUCGGGAGGAAUGGACCGCUGAGGUUUUCGAUGUGGAGCUAAUGAGGUACCAAAAUAUUGAAGAAGAAAUGGUGCAAAUGUUGCAAAUUGGCAUGGCUUGUGUUGCCAAGGUUCCGGAUAUGAGGCCUAACAUGGAGGAAGUAGUGAGAAUGAUUGAAGAAAUUCGACAAUCUGACUCGGAUAACCGACCUUCUUCAGACGAGAAUAAAUCCAAGGAUUUAAAUGUUCAAACACCAUGA